GACGUUCGAUGAAGUAUGGAGAUUAAGAAUGUAAUCUCAGAUUUUGGUGGUUUAUGAGCGAAGCACGGUUCUUGUUUACCUUUUGCCAGAUAAAGCCGAUGUCAAGGAGAAUAUUUCAUUCUGUAUUUCCUUGUUAAGUAUCUUUAGGGUUUCUAAAAUGCAGAAACCUAGCAGUGCUCGCUCUGAGUUUAUUGUAGGAGGAAAAUAUAAAUUGGUGCGGAAAAUAGGCAGUGGUUCAUUUGGAGAUAUCUACCAAGGAAUAAAUAUUACGAAUGGCGAGGAAGUAGCUGUAAAGCUUGAGUCUCAGAAAGCAAGACAUCCUCAACUGCUGUAUGAGUCUAAACUCUAUAAAAUAUUACAAGGAGGAAUUGGUAUUCCAAAAUUUAGAUGGUUUGGUCAAGAGAGAGAUUACAAUGUAUUAGUGAUAGACUUAUUAGGACCCAGCUUAGAAGAUCUUUUCAAUUUCUGCUCAAGAAAGUUCACAAUGAAAACUGUGCUCAUGUUAGCUGAUCAGAUGAUAGGCCGAAUUGAAUAUUUCCACAACAAGAAUUUCAUUCAUCGAGACAUUAAACCAGAUAACUUUCUCAUGGGUAUCAGUAAAAGCUGUAACAAGCUCUACAUUAUCGACUUUGGAUUGGCAAAGAAAUUUCGUGACAGUAGAACAAAACAGCACAUACCAUACAGGGAAGACAAGAAUCUUACUGGCACAGCCAGAUACGCCAGCAUAAAUGCCCAUCUUGGAAUAGAGCAAUCGCGUCGAGAUGAUAUGGAGUCAUUAGGAUAUGUGUUAAUGUACUUCACAAGGACCAGUCUUCCCUGGCAAGGACUCAAGGCUGCAACCAAAAAACAAAAAUACGAGAGGAUCAGCGAAAAGAAGAUGUCCACACCCGUUGAAGUUCUCUGUAAAGGUUACCCAGCAGAGUUUGCCAUGUACUUAAACUACUGCAGAGGAUUGAGAUUUGACGAAACACCAGACUACAUGUACCUUCGCCAGUUGUACAGAAUUCUCUUCAGGACAUUAAACCACCAAUACGAUUACACAUUUGACUGGACACUGCUGAAAAAGAGUGCUUCACAGCCCUCUGCUGUUCCUAUGAGUGCAGGAGCAACAGCAAUGCCAGGAACAGCUCCACCGCAGACCAGCAGUGCGAGACAUAAACAGCGAACGGGACAACGAAGAUAGACUGGCAUUAAGUAGAAGUAGAAUGUCUCUGUUGACCUACCAAUUCACCGUGCACAUAACUAGCAGACUAUGGAGUGAAGAGAUACCUGGGAACCAACUGAUGAGUGAAUGAAGGAAAAAUCUGGAUCUCCGGACGACAAAAUCUGGCCUUGUUUCUCUUGUCUAAACUCAAUCCCUCAUUGUCAACAAAGUGCUGUUAAAGUAUUUCAGUACUUACUGUGUACUAUUUUUGUUCUUUCUGUUUAUGUUCAAUCUUUUGAAAGAGCCGGUAGAAAUUAUUUAGUCUAAUUUUGUCUUUAUAAAGUAUAAUUUAUUUUUGUACUUUUCUCUAAGUAUUUCUCCUCAAAAAGAAUCAAUAGCCUGUAGUUGCUGUAGUCAUCACGUAGAAUUAUACCUAACUUGCAAAACAAGUAGUCAACAAACUGGUUUAUCUGGUACAGGUCACAAGCAAAUACACCCCUGACUGGUUAAUCACGUAUGAGGCAUAAGCGACAAACUGGUUAAUCAGGUGUAGUUCACAACCAAACAAAAGCUCAACUGGUUAUUCAUAUAGCAGACACAAGCCAAACUGGUUAGUCCGUUGCAGUCCGUGUUUAAUCAGAUCUAGUCAACAAACAGACUUGAUCCUUACUGGUUGGUCGUGUACUUCCUGAUAAAUCAGAAACAGGCCUGACUGGUUUAUCGGAAAAAUUUUCACUGACAUGAAAUGAGACUCGUUAAAUGCUGCCUUAAACAUGAUCCCCACCCCUGCAGUGUUUCUCUCUGGGCUUCAUUUACCUAACAAGUGAAUUGUGUUGUGCACAAGAAAGAAAAAAAUGCGCAACAGGUUAACCUGAUUGUGCUGUGGUACAAAGUCUGAUACAUUCAUGUUUCUUUUUUUAUCUUAAUAACAGUUGUUAUGAGUAAGCUUAAUUUUAAGAUUGCGAAACAAACUUAAUAUUUUCUUGUAAGCUUUUUUGUAUUUAACAUGGCUCUCUUGUAACUAUGGCUUUGUUCUCUUCUACCCUUUUAACGUCAUUGUGAACAUACAGAUUCUCCUUUGUUGUCUCCAUAGAUUUGUAGUGGUAGUUGGGAGAAUUUGAUCGUAAAUCACGAGAAUCUUCCUAUGGUAACCAUUUAUUAUUUUCAUGAUGUCAAAUACUUGCAUCACAUUGAUAUCAUUCCUAUAUUUUUUGUUGUUCACAUCUACACGGUUAUCACGGUGUUAUGCUAUUUUGCACGGUAAUACCCCUGGACAUCAAAUGCUAGCUACAUAAUGCAGCAACGAAAUAAUUCUAAUUGUACAAUAGUGGAAAUAUACAAAUCUGCUGCGGUCCAGGGACCUUGAAAAACAGGUCUGCUUGAAUUGCAUCACGUAGUGAUAUCAGUUAGAAUCUUUGUUUUAUUAGUAAUUUGCAUUUUUACUUGGGUGUUGCUGUUUUGAAGAGAAAAAACAAGAUCUGCCACACCCAAGCGCGUCAAUUUUCUCGUUGUAUUUAUUGUAAAGUUAAAAUAGCGUGGUUUAAUAACUCUCAAUUAUUGUUUAUAGCAGUUAGUGUUACUGUAUUCUUAGAGCAAAAAGUUUGUACAAAGUUAAUGAACUCAAAAUUAGCUUGUAAAAAAACUAUGCGAUAAAACUUAAGGGUGGUAAAUAAAUUUUGAUCUUAUUUUUUUGGCGAAAGUGUAAAACCACUAGUUUUAUAUGUCGUAACAUGAUUUCUUGGUUGGUAUGUUUACAUAUUACUUUGCAGCAUCAUCGCUUACACAAUCGCAAAUUCCAUUUUCUGAAGUACGUUUACUGUAGAAUAUCUACAUUAUUUCCUUCGUCUGACGUCAUAGAUACCCUGUACAUUCUGAUUUUUGCUACUGUUACAGUAUUGAAAAAUGUUCAGAUUAUUUUGUAAUAUAUGCUGACCAGGAAAGACAGACAGACAUUGUAAAUACUGUAUGCCACACGAAAGAAAGAAACUAGCCUUAAAAAUAAAUAAAGUUCCCGUUUUUAAA